AACAAUAACGGGCCUAGAGGCAGAGGUUAAGAAAAAGGGGGAAACGAAAGAACGUCGAGAGAAGAUUGAAGAAGAAAAGGGAAUCGACAAGAAACCCUAGAAAAAAAUUGUCGAUGAUGCGGGCUGUUAGAAGCUUCAUUGCGCAGUAUUAUCGUCGAGGAAAAUCUUGCGAUCCCACUUCCUCGCGUAGUCAUUACAGUGAUGUUGAUCCCAUUAAGUCGGGCCACCCGGACGCAGGGAACUUGCUGCUUACGGGUUAUCUUCUUGAUAUCGGCAUCGGACUGGCCUCCGGAUGUGGUAUCGCUGCUCUUAUGUUUGGCAACCAAGCAGGAGAGUCUAAGCGGAUUGAAGAGGAUUGGAAGAACCAGCAGCUCAAGCUAGAUGGAUAUGAAAAGAGGAUGGAUUUAUGGAAAUACUUUUGCAAGACCCACCUAAUAAUAUAUUUUGUGUUUUCUUCCUUUCUGUGUUUUAGACUUUGCUGAAAGAAUACAUCCUUUGAUGUUUGUUGUUGUUUAUAACCAAAAACUAAAUUAUUAAAUCAGUUAAAUGAACUAGAAAAUCUCAGUUUGAC